AUGAGGGUUCAAACCAGUGCAGUGCUUCUCCUCUCUUCUUGGAUCCCAGCUACAUACGCUUGGGGUAGCUUGGGACAUCAUACUGUUGCAUAUAUUGCCUCCAACUUUGUCUCUCCGGCUACAAAAACCUAUUUUCAAGGCAUCUUGGGUGAUACUAGCACAGACUACUUGGCCACUGUAGCCAGCUGGUCUGAUUCUUACCGCUACACUACUGCUGGUGCCUUUUCGGCGCCUUUCCAUUAUAUCGAUGCUGAGGAUAGCCCACCUACUUCUUGUGGCGUUGAUUACGAUAGAGAUUGCGGCGCCAGAGGAUGCGUCGUUAGUGCUAUCAAUAACUACACAGCAAUCUUGCAAAAGGGCACCGCGAGUGCUGCUAACUUGGAUAUUGCAGCUAAGAUGAUCAUCCACCUCAUCGGCGACAUCCACCAACCGCUGCACGACGAAGAACUCGACGUAGGCGGAAACACCAUCUCCGUAACCUACGCCGGCGUCAAAACCAACCUCCACGCUAUCUGGGAUACCGCCAUCCCCGAACAAUACACCGGCGGCUACGCACUCUCCGAUGCUAAAACAUGGGCCACUACUCUCACUACCGCUAUCAAAACCGGUACCUAUUCCUCGCUUAAAGCGGGAUGGACCGAAAACAACGAUAUCGAUGAUCCGAUCACCAGUAGUAUGGUGUGGGCUAGUGAUAGCAAUGCUUUUGUUUGUAGCACGGUCUUGUCAAAGGGGGUAGCGUCGGUCGAGAGUGGUGAUCUUAGUACGAAUGGCUAUUAUACGGCUGCGAUUCCGGUGGUGAAGUUGCAGAUUGCGAAGGCGGGGUAUAGACUCGCCGCUUGGUUGGAUUUGAUCGCUACGGGUACUACGACUCUCUAA